GUAGGGAAGCAGUAAGCAUGGAACCAAAGGCCAACGGCUAUAAUUCCGCUCCCUCGCCUCUUUCAGUCUCCGCGACAUUUUUACCGGAAAAUUCAAAAAACGGGCGAAGAAUUCGGACCUGCUCUCAGCACUGAAUUCACAAGUCACCGGGUAACUGAGAAUACCAAAUUGCUAUAAUCUCGGAAAAUGCAGCAAAUAGUCCACAUUUUCCAAGUCCCCCCAAUUAUUCGCAGGCUUUGAAUCUCAUCCUUUUCUCGGCAUAUAAGCUCAUCUUCUGCUACCCAUUUACCUUUUGAUUCUUUCCGAUGCGGUAAGAAUCCUCACUUCUCUGGAAAGAAAGAUUUCUCCCCCCCUUGAACACACACCAAAAAAAAAGCCCAUCAAUCUUAUUGCUCUCAUUCUUGUGUUGAUGUUGAUGUAAACCCUCUCAAAUGCUUGGGAGGGAAAGGGGAAAUUGCACUGAAAUAUUGGAUCUUUGGAUUAGAAAGUGUGGGAAAAAGAAAGGAAGCUCUUAUCUUUUGAGUUUUUUUUUUUGUUUUUUCCCUUGUUUUCAUACCUCUACAUUCAGGUGUUGUGAAAAUUUUCAAAGGGCAUUAUUUCCCUUGGUUUAAAGUUUUUUGCCCUUUGGGUUCUUGUUAUUACCUCACAAGACCCCUCUCAAAUGCUUGGGAGGGAAAGGGGAAAUUGCACUGAAAUAUUGGAUCUUUGGAUUAGAAAGUGUGGGAAAAAGAAAGGAAGCUCUUAUCUUUUGAGUUUUUUUUUUGUUUUUUCCCUUGUUUUCAUACCUCUACAUUCAGGUGUUGUGAAAAUUUUCAAAGGGCAUUAUUUCCCUUGGUUUAAAGUUUUUUGCCCUUUGGGUUCUUGUUAUUACCUCACAAGAACCUGACUAGUUUUAAGGUUUAUACUUUGAUCUCCUUUCUGGGGGUUUUUUUUUAAUUAGAUUAUUGUUAAUUCUAUUGUUCUGUCUCGUACUGUACAUAAUACUUGAUCGUCAAGGUUGCAUUUUGGGGUUGAUACUGAAAAAAUUGAAUUGGUCGUUCAAAAAAGAAAGGCUCAUCAGGGGUAGGCUGAUAAUAGUACCAUGUCUGUUGCUGAUGUCGCUUUGAGCCCAAUUAGUGAAGAAUCAGUGAGGUCUAGUGGGUAUAUCAUCAACCGGUUGCAUCUUACCUCCGGUGAAUCUAUUGUGAUAUACCUCACUCUUGCUGGUUCUGUCAUUCCCAUGAAGGUUUUAGAAUCUGAUUCAAUUGGUUCAGUCAAACUUAGGAUCCAAAAAUGCAAAGGCUGUGUUGUGAAAAGGCAGAAGCUGGUUUUUGGUGGCAGAGAACUAGCAAGAAGUGAUUCUCUUGUUAAGGAUUACGGUAUAUCGAGUGGGAACGUCUUGCACUUAAUUGUGAAGCUCUCUGAUACUGUUCUGGUCACGGUUAGGACCAUCUGUGAGCGAGAAUAUGAAUUUCAUGUUGAUCGUCAUCGGAAUGUUGGGUAUCUCAAGCGUGUGAUUGCCAAGAAAGCGGAAGGAUUUACUAAUACUGAGGAUCAGGAAGUUCUCUACAAUGGUCAGAAGCUUGAGGAACAUAGACUGAUUGAUGAUGUAUGCAAGUUUUCUGAAGCUAUUCUCCACUUGGUAGUUGAAAAUUCUGCAAAAGUUCGGGCUAAGCCUAUUGAGAAAGAUGUUGAAUUCUCAAUUGUGGCUGCAAAUUGCAGUGAGAGGACACAUGAAGAAAAAGUGCAGGAAGAAAAGGAACAAACUACGGACUAUCAAGUGACAUCUUGGAAGCCACAGGACAAAAGCAGUUUGCUGGAACCAGUCAUUGUAAAUCCAAAGGUGAAAUUUCCCUUAUUUGUGCAGCAGAUGAUUGAUUCUGUAUUGGAAGGAUUGGAGAAUGGAAGACCACCUUUGCGAUCAUCUGAGGGUACAGGAGGAACUUACUUCAUGCAAGACGCGUCAGGAGAUAAAUCUGUUGCUGUUUUCAAGCCCAUAGAUGAAGAACCAAUGGCUGUAAAUAAUCCUCAUGGGCUACCUUUGUCAUUGAAUGGUGAAGGAUUGAAGAAAGGGACCAGAGUUGGAGAGGGAGCCUUAAGGGAAGUUGCAGCCUAUAUACUUGAUCACCCAAAGAAUGGGCCACGCUGCCUGUCAAAUUGGGAUGUUGGUUUUGCUGGUGUUCCCCCCACAUUAAUGGUUCAAUGCUCACACAAGGAGUUCUAUCAUCCAGAAGGGUAUGAGAAUCCACAUAACUAUAUGAAGCUGGGAUCUCUGCAGAUGUUUAUGAGUAAUUCUGGGAGCUGCGAGGACAUGGGUCCUCGAGAUUUUCCUGUGGAGGAGGUUCACAAAAUCAGUGUCUUGGACAUAAGAACUGCAAAUGCAGAUAGGCAUGCUGGAAAUAUAUUGGUAACCAGAGAAGGGAAACAAGGGCGAAUCGAGCUUAUCCCAAUUGACCAUGGAUACUGCUUGCCUGAGAUUUUUGAAGAUUGCACAUUUGACUGGCUUUACUGGCCACAAGCCCGUGAACCUUUCUCGCCAGAGACCACUAGCUACAUAAACACUCUUGAUGCUGAGCUAGACAUCAGACUACUUAAAUUCUAUGGGUUGGAUCUAUCCCUGAAAUGUGCUCGAACAUUCCGCAUCUCCACCAUGCUUCUGAAGAAAGGGGCAGCCAGAGGGCUCACUCCCUUUGCCAUUGGAAGCAUGAUGUGCAGGGAAUCCUUAAACAAGAAAUCCAUGAUAGAAGAGAUCAUUCAUGAAGCUCAAGAAUCCAUGCUCCCGGGCAUGAGUGAAGCUGCAUUUCUUGAAAUGGUAUCUGACAUUAUGGAUAUUCAGCUUGACAAGCUCAUUGAAUCACCAUCAUAGGGUUUCUAGUGUAUAUGUAUAGAACGUCCAAUUAUAUAGGUGGACUGGAGUUGGUGCCUUUCUGCAUUCCGUUUGAUUUUGGGUGUCAGCUGAAUUGCUUCCAUAUUUACUCAGAGAAGCAGGACUAAAUUAAGAAUAAAGAGGUCGUUGUAAAACUAAUACUAUUAAUAGUGGAGGAAAAGAGGAAAGUAAGAAAGAAGAACAACUAUUCUUUCAUACUCAAA